UCCUGCGCGCGCUCCUGGACGCACCAACGAUCAGCUGGGCAGCGUCUCCCUCUCACAGGAAGAUAGACAGGGCUGUGUUCAGUCACAUUUACUCUUUUACGCUCUGUUUGGACAGUUUAUCCGACUUUGUAUCUGUUUUUGUCAUCGUUUUUUAAACUGUCUGCGUCGACGCUGUUUUCGUGGACGAGAUGUUGGAGAAGGAAGCGGCGCGAAAAUGAACACAGACUGUGCCAAGCCCUCUGUAGCUCCAAAGCCAAGGUUUGUUUGUCACACCAGCCUGAAGUGGCCCUCCCCUCUCAUGUCCGCAACCAGGGGUCCCAAACCCUCUGUAGCCCCCAAACCUAAGCUUAUACCAGAGCUUAAUGGCAACCAGGGAAAGUACAUUAAUGGCAGCUUGGGGACCACGGAUGAUGAAGUUGAUGAGCACGAGAUGGAGAAUGGUCUAAACAAUGCAGAGAAACAGCUAAACACCUACAUCCUUCAACAACAAAAAGACUUAGAGAAUGGGUCAUGGGUGGCGGAGGAGGGAAAGACGACAGAGGUGGAAAGGGAAGAGGAAGAAGAUGUGAUUCAAAAGACGGAUGAGGACUGGAGGUUAACAGACAGCGCUGUGACAGAGGAGGUGGACUCCCUGGAAACACUUUGGGUUAGUGAUGCUGGACUCACGGCUGACUCUGAGGAGGUGGUGGAGAUGGUUGACACAGACAUAACAGAGGACAUGGAUGCAGAAGGUUUCGACGCAGGGGAGGCACUUGCUGACACAGAUGGCCUCUCAAUGGGAGACAUCUCUGUUAAUAGCAUUGACGAGGAGGCAGGAUGCUGUUCUGGUGGAGAUCGGCACAUGGAAGAGAAGCAGGAAAAGGUUCAAAUGAAGGAGGAUGAAACCGCAGAUGAUUUGACUGAAUCCCUGACAGACGAUCCUCUUAUUUUCCCAACAGAGGAAGAGAAAGCCUACGAACCUGCUUCUGAGUGUGGCAUAACAAGUCAAAUCCUUAAGCAUGGAUUUGGUCAUAACAUAAAGGAUCACCAGCAGAACAAUUUAUAUCAUGAACAGGUCUGUGAAGGACACUUUGAAGUAGAGGAGGAUCCAAUUCCUGGACCGUAUUACAUUUCUUCGGAGGACAUUAUUAGCAAAGAAAUGAGACCUGGGAACAUCAAACCUCAUGGACUACCUGAAAGUCGCCUUUUGUGUGCAGGAAACGGUGAAGAAUUGUGUAAAUGUGAGGAUAGAGCAGAAAAUGCAAAAACAGAGUGUAUGAACUCUGAGGAUUAUGUGGACCUCGGUAAAAAUGGCUUCAGCAGCCAAAAUGGGGAUAAAAACUUGAUAAGAACUUGCCAGAAAAGGACACCCGAGGAGUCACUAAAUCCUAUAGGCUGUCAGUCCAGGUUCAGGCUGGUAUCCAUCUCAGUGCCAACAAACACAGAUAGCUCCUUGACAUCUUCUGUCUCAGAAAGCCAGCUGCUUUCCUUGAAUGACUCAGAUGUCUUCAGGGACGAGGACUUGGAGGGUCACAUUGUGCCGUUUCUAGAUGACACCACUGAUACAGAGCAGGACAUCAGCGAGGAUCACUUCUAUGAAGAACCAGGACACAGUUCAGAGGGUGAGAACUUUCUUCCUUUAGAUAGGAGGACAGCAGAGUUGCGCUCUGGCUCACUGUCACAUCGCAUAAAUAAUGCGUCUGAGAUGAGAGUGCAUUUUACUCAUAAGCCCUUCAUGAGUGGAUUUGGACAACCUGCAAUGAGCAGCAGCCCCAUGUUGAGCUCAGUGCUGCACAAAAGCUACAACAAACCCCAUUAUUUGUCCCUGUAUCCCCGCUCCCUCUCCAUGGAGGCUCAGGACAUGCCUUCAGGUGUCUACAGCUACAUGGAAGGCUCCCCAAGACAAGGAGGCACUAUUUGUUCAUCUGGAAGCUUCUCCCGGUGCUCACCAAUGUCUUCAAGUGGCCUUUCUACUCCAACAUCUGUGUCGGACAUCCCUCCUCCAUUUGAGCUGGCCUACAUUACCAAGAAGCCCAUCACAAAAAGUUCCCCAUCGCUUUUCAUUGAAGGAGACUCACCAGAGAAAAACAGGAAAAAGAAAUCCUCCAUAAAGCGUUUCCUGUUGCUUAAAUUUAGACGGAAAGCGGAGAGCAAACCUGCGGUGAAUGUCAGUCCAACCUCCCUUAAGACCACUGUGGAGUCCAGCCUCCACAUGCCCAGCAGGCUUCUGGAUCCUGAUAGACACAGCACAAGUAAUUCUCCACACCUUAACUCCCGCUCUGCUAGUAAAUGCCAGCUUUCGUCUGAGCCUGGCUCAACUUUCUUGUUCUACAAGGACAGCAAAAGGAAAGGGAACUCUGUGGCCUUUCUCAAUCGCAGCGUUGUCCGGGUGGAGUCUUUUGAGGACCGUUCUCGUGUGCCUUCAACAUCUCUUCCCCUGACUAAGCCUCGCUCCAUUUCCUUCCCCAACACAGAUACCUCAGACUACGAGAAUGUUCCUGCCAUCAGCUCGGACUACGAAAACCUGCAGGUCCCCCAGCGGAGGCCUGUCCGACAGGCACCCUUUACAGACUUCUUUGACCGUCCUAGACAGUUGAUGUCCUCUGCUAAUGAGACUGAUGGAUAUGUGGACAUGAGCAGCCUCCCUGGGUUCAGGAGUAAAACUCAAUCAGUGGAACAGGAAGCUGAAAGUGCUUAUACAGAAGCCUACAAUGUGUGUUCGGUGGCUUCUGCUCCACUCACCGUUUCAGCGGAUGAUGUCCCAGAAGAGACAGCGGUUGAGGAAGACCAGGGUCGCACCUCUGAGGAAGAAGAGGCAGGUGCAGAUAGUAAUUAUUGCAGACAGCCUGAUGGCAGAUCCAGGGCUUUUUACAUAGCAAAAGAGUUGGUGGACACAGAGAGACUACAUGUGAAAACCCUCAAGCUUCUCCAGGAAGACUUUCGUGAAGCAGUGGGGGCAGCAGUUGGGGAUGAGGGGGAUCCUGUGCUGGAUGAAGAGAGGCUGCGAGAAAUUCUCAACGAGCUUCCUGAUGUUUACACCCUGCACCGCAGGAUCCUCAAUGAGCUUGAGAAUCGACUGCGACACUGGGAAGAGAGCCAGAGGAUUGCAGACAUCUUUCUGUCCAGAAAAGCAGAGUUUCUUGUUUUUACCACUUACAUCGGUCACUACGACAGAAGUAUGAGCCUGUUGGAGGACAGCUGUCAAACCUCCCCUGCUUUUGCAGCAAUUGUUCACCAGUUUGAGCAGCAGAGUCCAGCGGGUGACAAAGUGUCUCUAAAACAUCAGCUCCUGCAGGUUAUCGUGCGUGUAGCUCAGUACCGCAUGCUCCUCACUGAUUACCUGAACAACCUGUCCCCUGACUCUCAGGAAUAUGAAGACACUCAGGCUGCUGUGGCCACUGUGUCGGACAUCGCAGAUCAAGCAAAUGACAGCUUAAAACAUGGGGAGAACUUGUUGCGUCUGGUCAACAUAGAGUACAGCGUACUUGGCCAGCGGGACCUUCUGCAGCCUGGCAGGGUCUUUGUGAAAGAGGGCACCCUGAUGAAGGUCAGCAGGAAGAGUCGACAACCCCGCCAUCUGUUUUUGAUGAAUGAUGUGCUGCUGUACACCUACCCUCAGCAGGAUGGCAAAUACAGACUGAAGAAUACUUUGCCACUCACUGGGAUGAAGGUCAGCAAACCCAUCCUGGAAAAUGCCCUAAAUGCCCUGAGGAUUGAAGUGUCAGACAUCUCCAUCACUCUGUCUGCAAGUUCCUUCAUUGAACGAGAGGACUGGUUUUACACUCUGAGCCGCACUGUGACUGAACACUCCAGGGGAACUUCAGCAUUUAACAGCUGCUUAGGAGAGACCAGAGACUGUCUGCAUCUGUCUCUUGGAGAAAAAGCUCCCACACUUGUUCCAGUCUCACAAGUGAUGAUGUGCAUGAACUGCACCUCAGACUUCAGCCUCACUCUGCGCAGACAUCACUGCCACGGCUGUGGGAGAAUUGUUUGUCGGAGCUGCUCCAGGAACAGAUAUCCACUGAAAUACAUGAAUGACCGCAUGGCAAAAGUGUGUGAUCACUGUUACAGUGAGCUGAAGAAGAGAGGAGGAGAUGUGUCCUCUCUGUCGUGUAAGGGUAGCCCUCGCCCAAACCGCUCCAGUCGUCCCCUCUCUGCUGUGUUCCAAAAUAUUCAUCCUCCAAACAUCUGGAGACACCGAAAGGGCACUGCCUCCUUCACUCAGGUGAAGGUGUCAGAAGAGGGCUCAAUCAGUGGCAGUCUGCAAUGCAGCAAGAAGAGCAAGAGGAGCUGGAAGAGACUGUGGUUCCUCCUAAAAGACAAGGUGCUUUACACCUACAGAGCCCAAGAGGAAAAGGUGGCGUCUGAGACUUUACCUCUGCUGGGUUUCACAGUGAAGCUACCUGACAGACAAGAGGGAGAAGAAGAGGCCAAUAUCUUCCAGCUUUACCACAAAAACACUCUAUAUUACACUUUUAAAGCCUCAGACAACUACACAGCCCAGAGGUGGGUUAAUGCCAUGGAGGAAGCCACAGUUUUAUAGGAUCUACUGCUCGGGGUUGGUGGCUGGACAAAAAAGUCUGAUCUCUCUUCUGAUACACAACGACUGUGAAACCAAAAAGACAAUUAUCUGAUAAUGUCUUGAAGUUGAAACUUGCCUGGGUGGACUGGAAUAAAGGAAGACAUGAUGUUCUUUAAGAGGGGACACGAUCACCUACUUUGUCACCCUCCCUUGUCCCCUGCCUGCUGCUGCAGCAGGUGUGGUGCUGAGAGCCUCCACAUGCAUUGGCCCAGAUACCUGCCAGUGUGCAACAAUACAUGAUGUGACCUGUAUUUCCUCCCAGAAGCUAUGUAGAGACAUUCCUACAGAUCAAAGGGAAGAUUUCAGGAAAGAAACGAGUGGUUUGAAUUAUUUUUGCACAUAUGAUAUAUUACAAAAACACGUAACAAAUCAAUUUAGUUACAGAAUAUGUAUCAUCUAUUAUUUUGUUGCUUCCAUAUAGGCUGAAAAAAUGGUGAUUAAUUUCAUCCUCACUCAAAAAUACCCAAAUUAAGAAUGGCCUGACAGUAAUUUAGUUCUGCCUUCAUAUUUCUACUUGUGUUCUUCCACUGGAUUAAACAUAUUUCUCUGACUCAUAUUUCAAAACCCAUUCUGCGUCAAAUAAUGACGAAUAUGUUAUGUAUAGAAAUGUACGUAGCUUUGCCAUGUACUGUGUCAUGGCAGAUGAGUGCCAGUAAAUAAACAGUUAUUGUGCUUUUUUAAGGACUAAUAUUUAAAGGACUGGGAAAAGUAUACGUUUACCUUAAUCUAAGAGGCCAAAAACUUCAACUGCUGUAUUCACCUAACUGGUUUUAAAUGUUUCAAUGAGAGAAAUGUUGCCAUUUACUUUAUAUCUGUUGUUUUAAAUACCUAAAACAAAAAGAAUGUAAUUUGUUUUUGUACCAAGAUUCACCAUCUAGAUGAGCACAGAUCAGCCUUGGUGUAAACUUUGUACUGUACUUGAUGCAUCUCAUGUUUUAAUGUCUAACAAUAUUAUUUUAAAAUGAAGUAAAGAGGCUUUA